AUGCUAUUUUAAACUAUAAAAGAAGUAGAUUUAAUUGAUUUUGAAGAAGAACCAUCUCAAAAUGAGGUAGUCUAUUAAUAAAAUCUUACAUAGGAAAGCUGUGAUUACUAUUAUAAUGAUUUUGAAGAGGAUUUGACUGAAAGUAUCUCAUUGAUCUCCAAUUAAAAAUUCAAACAACUAAACUCUUUUAUCUAGCAUUCCAAAAUAGAAUUAGAAAAGCAGUCUUAAACUCUAAAUGAACCAGCUGUAGCUGAGUUUGCGGAUUUGAACAAUUAAAAUUUUGUAUAGUCCCAUGACCUGCCAUAAAAACUAAAUCAGGGUCUUACUAUUCAUUAUAAGUCAAAAAAUGAGGAAUAUAAAAAUUAUUGA